UGUGUUGAUUGGAUGUUAGGCAUUGAACCUCGUUUUGUUAGCUCUGCAAACUUUUUUGGGAGAACAGCAUUACAUUUAGCUGCAGCCAGUGGAAAUAUGGAAAUGGUUGUUCUUCUGUGUUCGAAAGAUGCUCCUCCAAAUUCUCUUAUGAUUUAUAAGGGAGAACUACUAACCCCUUUGGAUGUUGCUAAACGUCGAGGACACGAUCUUAUAGUAGACUACUUAACUGUUAGGUACGAGGCUUGUUUAGCUUCUGAGCUUUCCACAACAGAGCUAAACUCUUCUAGACAAAGUAUUGAAGAACAAAUAAAAGCGGCCCGCCUUCGCAAAGUUAGGGCAGAAUUAACAAAUAGUGAUGAAUUGGGUAAUUAUGAGAAGCAACCUCCUCCUAUAAGACGUGGAAUUUCGUUGCUAACUAGAGCGGCUCAAAAACUGAAUGAUGAAAGUUGUGGUGCAAGAGGAGAGAUGGUAGAUGCUAGUACAAUGGUUUCUGUAAUUUAUUUUUAUGUUUGGUCAAGUUUAUUUCUAUAUCCAAGUAGGUAUAUUAAAUUUGUUUUGAAGCGCCGCUCAUCCUCUGCUUCCGCAAUCUUUGGCAAACUUCCGAAAUCAACUAGCACCACCGACCUUAACAACCACAGCAUUGAACAAUUUUAUCAGCAACAAAAAGCCUUGAUAGAUUUAGCUAUGGCUACAACAAAUAAAUUACCGAAUGAAGCAAGGAAGGAAAAUGAAAAAGAAAUUGUUAAGGAAGUAGAUAAUCUAGAUGCUUCUACCAAUACUUUGUUGGUUCAUGACUUUUCUAAUGCUUCAUCUAUUUCUGCUUUACAACAGCCUUUAGAGGAGGAGUUGCUACGCCAAAAUAACUCUUCGCCUGUAAUAAAUACAGAAGGUGAGCAUGCUGAAAGUGUUAGACAUUCACCUAAAACAUUAUCGGAUAGAGAAAUUGGAUUUCCCUCAGCUUCUUCCAAAAAAGUUCGUUUGGCAGUAAAUAGUGAUUUAUUACAACCUGACGAUAGUUAUGAAGAUAGACCUAAAAGAAUUCGACGUAAAUGGACACCUUUACCUCCAUCAGAUUACAGGCAUCAAUCAUUAGAUGAAGCAGUUACAGAGUUGCAUAUUCUUGAGGAUGGACUUUCACCGCCUCCGGGUCGCUUAGCUACGUUUGGAGACCUAGCCAAUUCCACUACUCGAUAUGUUCACGAACGUGCUAUUUUCGACGAAUUAACACACUUAAAAAGAAUGCAAAUACAAUACGGAAAAGUUCGGGAAGAGGUGUUAGUACGUUCCCUAGUCCAAAACUUUUGUCGAAUGCAUGCAAUCCACCCCGCCCAUUUCCGGCGUAUUUCAACUUUACAACAAUGGGAGAAAUUUUUAUACGGUGAGGAAAUUGAAAAUUAAGUAAAAAAUAAAUUUUUCUUCUGUGGAGAUUGC